AUGGCUGUGCCUCCAAGACUGGAAUCUGCACCGGUUCUGGCUCACAGGCACUCUCACUCACCUGCGACUGUGGGUGCCCCUGCCCUACCAGCGCUAUCAUUGACCCCGGCGUUGGCGGCACUGACUAUGCUGCCACUGGCCACGCUGAUUCCUACGGCACUGAUCCUGACCGUGCCGACUCCAGCUGUCUCUGCGCUGGCAACAGCGGCACCGGCCACACCAACCGCCUUGGUGCUGGCUAUUACGGCACUGUCCUUCUCAGCACCAGCUACUGCGGCACCGAGCGCAGCACCAGCUGUCUUGGUGCUGGCUCAAUACAGCUUCUCCCUGACACUAUCACCAGCACCGAGAUUUCUAUCAACAGGCUCUUUGUCAGUGCCGGCUGCACCAGCUGAAAUUGACAAGUGCCGAAGCACUGCUGUGUCAGCCUCCAGAGCUGCUCCAUGCACCUGCACUGCAGUAUCAGAGCUCCCCCUCAAGGUUACAAUCAAUGCUGCAUGGAAGAUCCGACCAUUCACAGAGCUUAAGGAUUUGAAAUCUAGCAAUCAACGAGAUGAAAUUGCAGCAGCACGUGCUUCUCUAAAGGAAAAUUCAUCUCUCCUACAUUCAAUUUGUUCAGCUUGUUUGGAACAUUCAGAUGUUGGAUCCCUUACAGCCAACAAGGACUCAAUUUUCAAUGAAAUACAGAGCGCUGUCAGUGUCAUUUCUAAUGCUUCUCAAGGAAUUAGAAAUCAAAAGGUUCAUCCUACGUCUCCUUCAGCUAUGCUAGGAAGUGCACUUGAUGAGCUUGAGAGUUUAAUCGUAUUGGAUCCACUUACAAUGAAUGAAGAAAAAAUAAGGCCAUCACUAGAGAAACAUUUGGAAGGGAUUAUCAGUGGAGCAGCACUGUUAGCUGACUCUUCCUGCACUCGUGACAUUCAUAGAGAACAAAUAAUCACAGAAUGCAACGCCAUCCGCCAAGCUCUCCAAGAUCUUCUGUCUGAAUACAUGAAUAAUGCUGACAAGAAAGAAAAGAGUAAUGCCUUGAAUAUCGCAAUAGAUAGCAUGUGCAAGAAGACAAGAGACCUUCGCAAACAGCUUCGGAAAGCUAUUAUAGAUCAUGUCUCGGACUCUUUCUUGGAUACUACUAUUCCACUUCUAGUUCUCACUGAAGCUUCUAAAAAUGGAAGAGAAAAGGAAAUAAAGGAAUAUGCUGCUAUAUUUCAAGAACACACCAAUAGGCUUUUGGAGGUGGCUAAUCUUGCUUGUUCACUGUCAACCAAUGAAGAUGGAAUAAAAAUUGUCCAAAUGGCAGCUAAUCACAUAGAGACUUUGUGCCCACAGGUUAUUAAUGCGGCUUUAGCUCUUGCUGCAAGACCAAAAAGCCAAGUAGUAAAAAACAACAUGGAAAAAUAUAAGAGCACAUGGGAGAAUCACAUACAUGUUCUUACUGAAGCUGUGGAUGACAUUAUAAGCAUUGAUGAUUUCCUUGCUAUAUCAGGUGUCCACAAGUUUCCAGCUGGUGACAAAUUCUUUUACUUACAGUCAGGUAAAUUUGAGCCUACCAUUAUGAUGUUGGAUUUACAAACUACUGUUAAGAAGAUUUGA